AUGGAUCGAUUCACCCCAUUUCCCAUCAUCCACAGCCAAACCGGCUUUUCUGGCGACGAUGGCGCUGUGCGCGCUAUUCUCUCAUCGCCGGUGGAUACAACUCUCCUAUCCUCGAAGCUGUUGGCCCUCUCAUGGGCUGUGUUAUUACGAGCUUACACAACCGAAGAAUCACCGGUCUUCUUGCUCGAUGGUCAGCCAAUCAAAGUGGACUUAUUUACUCGUAUAAUCAAGCCGGCGAGGUUGGAUACCCACGCCGAACUCUUUACGAAGCACACCGCUGUGCGCCUGAUAGAUGAGCCUAAGGUAGUGGGGAGUUCCCCGUCUGAGUGCGAGUCUGGAGAGAGCCGAACAUUGUCAUCAUCUUCUUCUACUACUACUGCUUUCUGUACGUUAACUUGGUGCUUCAAUCGCAACACCCAAACGAGCACGUUGCAUUCUUCCGUCGGUAUGGAUACCGCUUUUGUGCAGCAGCUGGGCCGCCAGUUGGAGCAUAUCGUGCAAGGCCAGGCUGCCCUGUCGGGCAUGCAGGUGGAGCAGCCUGCCUCGACGGACAAGCUUUCUGAGAUGGAUAUGGAAUUGUCCAUCUCGAAUUCAUCCCCUUGCACCCUGCCAGGACCGGAGCUGCUUCAUGAGCUAGCGCUGAGCGGUGCCCAUGACGGCAACCAUGCGAUCGAGUUCUUGACGGCGGAUGGAAACGUUCGCUGCCUGUCGUACCGCGACUUGGACCGGGUGUCUUCGAAACUGGCGGCGGAAAUCAAUGCCGCCUCAGCAUCGACUGCAGAGGAGCUACGGAAAAUGGUGGUUCCUGUGCUUCUCCCUCAGUCGCUGGAACUGUACAUUUCCCAAUUGGCAAUUCUGAAAGCCGGCGGCGCAUUCUGCCCUUUAAACACCGACGCACCACUAGACCGGAUAGAGUUUAUUUUGCAGGACGUUGCAGCCUCGGUGGUGAUCACGCAAAAUGCACUUGCGGCAAGGAUACCCCAGAAUGAGCAUCUGGCGGUGAUAACCGUCGACGAAUUGGAUUUGCAGCCCGACACAAAAGACAUGCAGAUGCAGAUCUUGGAGCACCAACAACAACAUCCUCAUCCCUUCAAAAUCGCACCCACCGACCUCGCCUAUGUGAUGUAUACAUCCGGCUCAACAGGACGGCCCAAAGGCGUGGGAAUCUCCCAUCUAGCCGCAACACAAUCAUUACUCGCGCAUAAUGACUUGAUACCCUCUUUUACGCGAUUCCUGCAAUUCGCCUCACCUACAUUCGAUGUCUCCGUUUUUGAAAUCUUCUUCCCGCUAUUCCGCGGUGCGACCCUUAUCGGAUGUGAAAGAGAGCAGAUGCUCCUCGAUAUCUCCCAUGUAAUGACGGAGAUGCGCGUGGACGCGGCCGAGUUGACGCCCACGGUAGCGGGGGAAUUACUGCGCAGUCGAGCCGCGGCGCCGUCUUUGCGUGUUCUGCUGACGAUCGGCGAGAUGUUGACGAGGCAUGUCGUUGAUGAAUUUGGUCAGUCGCAGUAUGCGGAUGGGAUUCUGCAUGGCAUGUAUGGACCGACUGAGGCGGCGAUCCACUGCACGGCUGCCACGCAUUUUCGGUCUGAUGAUCGCGUGAACCUUAUUGGCCGGGCUUUCAAGACGGUAUCUGCUUUUAUCAUGUCCUUGGAAUCGGAUGAUAAGGACGAUUCUUGUCCUAGGGACUUACAGCCCCUGCCACUCGGCCAGAUUGGCGAGUUGGUCGUUGGUGGACCGCAGUUGGCAGAUGGGUAUAUCAAUCGACCUGAAGAAAAUGCGAAAGCAUUCAUCGAGAGUCCCGUGUACGGUCGACUCUACCGAACGGGCGAUAAGGCUCGCAUGUUACCUUCGGGGGAGAUUGAAUGUUUUGGUCGAAUCUCUAGCGGCCAGGUCAAGCUGCGAGGACAGCGGAUCGAACUCGGUGAGAUUGAGCAUGCCAUUUGCCGCGCGCCGGAUGUGCGCAGCGCGGUGGCUAUCGUCAGUAAUGGCAGUCUCGCUGCGUUUGUCCUGGUCAACGACAAGGGGACGACUGAGCGUGCGCUGCGGGACGUUUGUCGCCAAUGGUUACCCCGUUUUAUGGUUCCGGGCGAGUUCAUCCUGGUUAAUCAAUUCCCCCAAUUACCAUCUGGUAAAGUCGAUCGCAAAGCGCUGGAAGCUGAAUUCGUGCGUCAUCGUGCUACAGCUCAAUCUGUCGAGCAACAUUCAUUCCGCGACGAGAUCGAGGAGACCAUCGCGUCGUGCGUGGCCGAUGUACUCGGUAGACAAAUUCCGCCGACGGAAAGUCUGAGUGCGGCCGGUCUGGACUCUCUAGCUGCGAUUCGGCUUGCGUCUCAUCUUUUGGAUGCGGGUGUACGACUCGAUGUUGCUCAUUUGUUGGAGGCGGAUUCUGUGGAUGGAAUUUGGAGACUUGCAGAGGAAACGGAGACGGCGCAGUCAAGUGAUGACACGCAAGAAAGUUUGCGGAGAAUUCGUCAGUUGAUUAUUGAUGCUGGUUCUGCGAGGAUAGAGGCUGUUGGGUUGAGUUCACGGGUUUUAGCGAUUGAACCUUGCAGCCAUAUCCAACAGGCGAUGAUUCUGGAGACUGUUCGACACACGAAUGCGUACUGCAAUUGGAUUGAGCUUGAAUUUCAGCAGGAAGUUAGGGCUGAUGCUGUGCAGGAUGCGCUUGUUAGGCUUGUGGAGCAGAAUCCUAUACUUCGGUCUGGAUUUAUUGAGAUCGGUCUCAAGGAUCAGUCGUAUGCCCGUUUCAUCUAUCAUGCACUGGAUGAGAGUGUCGUGUUCCAAAAGCGUGAUGCAUUCGACUAUGACCUCUGUUUGAUCGCAGAACAUGAUCUGCUUCAUCCUCUCCGAUUCCAAUUGAGAGAGACACAUGAGGGCCUCCGAGUACUCGUGCAUAUUCACCAUGCACUCUAUGAUGGAUGGUCCUGGCAACUGCUGCUGAAAGAUCUCCAUCGCCUCCUACUCGGCGAGGAACUCCCACCCAAGCCUGCGUAUAACGUCGUCGCAGACUUUUUCACCGAGUACAAGCUAAGCGAAGCCGCGAAUGAAUCCUCGCUCUUCUGGCGUGAUCAACUUCAGGGUUCUUCACCACCCUCUUUCCCCAAUCUUCAUGGAAAGAUCGGUGUACCCUCCGGAACACAAGAGGCCACCCGUGAGCUUCAAAUCUCCACGUCCAAACUCACAGAAGUCUCACAAAACCUACGAGUCAGUCGCCAGACAAUCUUCCAAGCCGCCUACUGCUACAUCCUCUCAACCUACCUCGGUUCAAACGACGUAACCUUCGGCACCGUCUUUUCCGGCCGCACCGUCCCAGUAAAAGGCAUCGAAAAUAUCCUCGGACCCUGUAUCCGUACACUCCCCACACGAAUGAACCUAGACAAAAUGCAAAACGCCACAGAUCUUCUCCUGGCAAUCCAAAACAUGAACCGCAAGUGCCUGGAGCACGGCAGUCUUCCGCUCCAGGAUAUCAAGAAAGCGUCCGGAAUUGACUUGCAAUCGAACCUCUUCGAUACAGCACUUGUCUGGCAGGAGAGUAUUUGGUCUGAUCAGGAGUAUCGCGAUAGCUUUAGGGAAGUUGGUGCGGCGGAGUUUCUGGAGUUUGUCCUGUUGUUGGAGUUUGAGCCUGGGGAGGAUGGGAUUCGUGCGAAGGCGACGUAUCAACAGUCUGUUUUGUCGGGGGAACAGGCGGAUAUUCUUUUGGAGCAGAUUGAUUUUGUUGCUUCUGUGUUGAUUGAUGAUUCGACGUUGGCGAUUGGGGAUGUUGGGACUCAUCUUCCUCGGCAUACGUUGUCGGUUGUUAACGGUCAACCUCGACUGCAAAGAGAAUUGCCUCGUCUGGUCUCUGCUGUUGAGAAACGCGCUUCUACCGAUCCUGCUCGGAUAGCUGUUGAAUUCUUGAAAGAGCUGGACUCUUUGCCUCCCGUUGUUGACACUAUCACAUACAGACAAUUAAACUCCCGUGCCAACACUCUUGCCAAUUACUUGGUUCAAAUGGGCAUCACGGGAACUGAUUCGAUCGCCAUGUUCCUGGAAAAUUCGACCGACUCUUACGUCGCCGUGCUGGCCAUUGCAAAGAUAGGAGCCGGUCUUGUACCCUUGUCUGCCCAUUCUUCUUCGGAAGAUAUCAGCACUACCCUGUCCACGUUGAACGUGAGCUUUUGCAUCUUCCAUUCACCAUUCCUGAGCCCUGAUGCGUUGUCUAUCCCGGAUUCUGUUCGGCAAAUUCUUCUUCCUGAUUCUUUCGACGAUAUUCAUGAGGAUAGCCCUCUCGUGGUUGAUGAUGAAUUUCGACUUAUCUACACCGAUCCCACUUCAACGGAGCCUGUUACGUUUUCUUCUCAGAAUUUGAAAAGCUGCGUCAAUUCUCUCCUGGAGUCGUACACUGUUCAAUCUGAGAGCAAAAUGCUUUUUGCGUCUCCGGUUGCAUCUGCUGAAUCUAUCAUCGGGGCAUUCUUGGCAUGGAAUUCCGGCGUGACGCUCUGCGUUGCACCUGAUGCGCUCAUGGCAAAUAAUCCCCAGACUGUUGUCAAUUCUAUGAAUGUUACCCACCUUCAUUUAACGCCCACGCUUGCAUCACGCUUGAACCCGCAGACUAUUCCUAGUAUUAGGUACUUGGCUACUUCUGGUGAGCCCUUGAACGCAAAGGUGCAUCGAGACUGGGCUGGGAAAAAUCUUUAUCAUGGUUAUACCACUCGCGGAAUGGCUGGAAUCUGUACCGCGUCAGUGAGGAUUGAGACUUCUAGCGCAAUCACCAGUCUUGGUCUGCCGCUCAAGAACACAUCUGCUAUGGUCAUUGCAAAUAAGGACGGCUUCGAUCUGCUGCCUCGUGGUGCCGUUGGGUUACUUUGUUUUGGUGGUGAUCAAGUGGCAACAUCUUCUGCCGAGGGCUUCUUCGAGCACCCUCAGUUCGGUCGGCUUUUCCGAACUAGUGAUUUUGGCAGAGUUCUUCCCGAUGGUAGUAUCCUGCAGCUUGGUCAAGUUUCUACCUUUUAUGAAAUUGGCCAAGCUCUGCUCUCAUCGGAGCUUGUACAGGAUUCAGUGGGCCUGGUCAUGGAUAAUCCAGUUACUAACCAGCAGCAAUUGAUCACUGCUUGGGUUCCUUCAGAAAAGGCUCAAUCAUCCCUCUUCCGGUCAGCGUCAGACAGUGAACAACUUGAUGGUCUAGCCAAGAAACUUCUGAGGGAAUUGGCUUCGAAAUUGCCUGGUUCUGCGGUCCCAGCACUUCUUGUCCCGAUAGACGAAAUUCCAAUGACUGGGGCUUUCUUGACCGAUCGAGCAAAGAUACAGCGAGAUAUUGAGCAAAUGGAUGCUGAAAGUCUCAGAGCAUUCUCCACCGGUCUGAACGACGAGAUCCACGAUGACACUUUCACCGAUGUCGAGAAGACGAUUGCCGCUGCUCUUUCUGCAAUCGUUGGCAUCGAGCAACACAAUAUUGGAAAGCACACAUCUUUCUACAAGCUCGGCUUGGAUUCACUGUCUGCCAUUGCUUUCUCACGAAAGCUACAGGAAUCAGGGUUUGGAAGCCUUCCUGUUUCUACAAUCCUCCGCCAUAGCUCAGUGGCUCAAUUGGCGACUGUUGCUCAUCUCAUCACUAAUGGCCAUCAAUCCCCGCAGCCACUUCCUCUCGAGCAACCCGCAUUCAUGUUCGAUGAGAGCUUCCUCCAUGAAGUAAAGAAGGACAUCAAUGAAAGAGGCGCAUCAGUCCAAGGUGUCUACCCUUGCACGCCUCUACAGGAAGCCAUGCUCGCUGCAGAGUCUAAUGUUGAUUCCGCUUAUUUCAAUCACCUACUUCUCCGGGUGAACGCUGAUAUUGAGGGAUUGAAGGAGUCAUGGAUCCAGAUGAUAAAGAGACAUGGUAUUUUGAGGACGUGUUUCAGACAAACUAAUGACCCGCGGUUUGCAUAUGCUCAAGUGGUGCUCGAGAGUGCAAUCCUACCUUGGACUUCUGUUGAAACUUCGUCCGAUGACUUCGAUACGGAUGUUGUGAGGAGAAAAUCUGAUUUCGAGCAUCAGUCACCAGUCAACGGUGAUCUUCCCUACUCCUUGACUGUCUUUGAAGACUCCACCACGCAUAGCACUCAUUUGCUACUGUCAAUUCACCAUGCACUGUAUGAUGGAGAAGGUAUUGCCCAACUCCUUCACGAGCUCCAGGUUUCUCUUGCGGGCGAGAAACUUCCCGAAGCAACACCCUUCCACCGCUUCAUCGAGUACAUGGUCUCUGUCAAUUCUGAUGCCUCCGACCAAUUCUGGGAUCUAUAUCUAUCAGACGUCUCGUCGACGCUACUUUCUACUUCCAAGAACCCUUCAACCAAUGGAUCCGUUACCCAGACAGCCUCACAGCAGAUCCACGUGAAUCUCAACCAAUCCCUUACCUCAUUCAAACGGCAGUGCAUGGAUCUCUCAGUCACCCCGCUCAACGUCUUCCACACCGCAUGGGCGAGACUUCUCGCCCUUCACUCCGGCGCAACCGAUGUCUGCUUCGGCAAUGUAUUCAGCUGCCGGACCAUUCCACUUGAAGGCGCGGACCGAAUCGUCGGGCCUUGCUUCAACACCCUUCCCAUGCGAGUCAAGUUCUCUUCGUCAUCGACGAAUGGAGAUGUGAUGAAACUCUCUCAGAAACAUAAUAGCGAUAUCUUACCUCAUCAGCUUAGUGCUUUGCGUCGCAUACAGAGGCGUACUAUUUCAGGGGGAUCUCGACUUUUCGAUACUUUGGUGAUUUUCCAGACGAGGAGUACUGAACUUGAUGCUCGGUAUUGGGAGAUGCUUGCCGAUGAAGGGAAUAUGGGAUUCCCUUUGAUUUGUGAGAUUGUGCCUGAUGAGCCACGGGAUAGUGUCCAAAUCUGUCUCCAUUUCCAAACGUCUCAUCUUGGCCGUGAUGUAGUGGAGAGUCUUGCGCGAGACUUUGUCGCGCUUAUUCAACAAACGACUCAGUACCCUUCCGCCCAGGCUUGUGAUAAGCGGGUGAUUGAUGGUGAUCUCUCGACGAUUUUUGAGAAGGAGUCUCCGCGAGCUAAGAUCAAUGGAAUUUCAAACAAGACAGCGGAAUCACGGGCUUGGUCGCCUCAGGAGGAAACUCUUCGAGAGAUCAUCUGUCAGUUUGCAGGAGUUAAGGCGGAGGCUGUUUCAUUGCAUACGACUAUCUUCCAACUUGGGCUGGAUAGUAUCAACGCUGUACAGAUUUCUGGGAAAUUGCGAAGACUGGGGUACAAGGUAUCCGCAGGCGAUAUUCUCGAGGCUGCUUCCAUUGACAAGAUUGCCGCUCUUCUGGGGUCAACAAAAGAAGAGACUAAGGAAGCUGAAUAUGACUUCUCCGCCUUUGAGAAUCAACACCUCCAGCCCGUCUGCGAGCGGCUUGGUAUCUCACCGUUGUCAGUCCAGUCUUUGAGGCCCUGUACUCCUGUUCAGUGCGGCAUGUUGGCUCUCUUCAAUCACUCACAGGGCAACAUGUACUACAACCGGAUGGCAUUGAAGUCGUCUACGCCACUGGAUAAGCAGAUGCUCAAAGAAGCUUGGUCCAAGGUCAUGGCCCAGCAUGAGAUGCUACGUACUGGAUUCGUGCAGCUUCGCGAUCAGCAAAAUCCAUUUGCUAUGAUCACCUAUCGGGAAGGUAUCAAGCUUCCCUUGCAAGAAUCAUCCGCGCCAGGUGGAGCUGUGCGAGAGCAACAAGUUCUUCAAGACCUUCACCAGCCCCCGUGGAGUAUUCAGGUUGAGCCUACCGAUAGCAUCGCUACCGUGCAUUUCUCGGCCCUUCAUGCCAUCUAUGAUGCACAGUCCUUGGAAAUGAUCUUUUCGGAUGUCAUGGCAGCCUACGAAGGAAAAGCUCUCGCUCAGCCUGCCUCUAUUCCCCAAACUCUAGGCCCGAUUUUGAUCGAAAGCCAGAAACAGAUUGAAAGCUCCCAGGAGUUCUGGCAAGGUCUCGCCGGAGAGAUCCAUCCCACCAAAUUUCCGGAUCUACAUCCCACUCGUAUUGACAAGAAAGAACUCCUCACCUGCUCAAUUCUUUGCUCCCAGUCUCUCGGUAAACUCGAGGCUGGUUGCCGUGAUGCAGGAGUAACUCUUCAAGCAGCGGGUCAAGCCGCAUGGGGGCGCUUGCUAGCUGCAUACACCGGUGAACAGAAUGUCGUUUUCGGGACUGUUCUUUCCGGUCGCAAUCUAUCUACAGCUGCACAGGAUGCUUUAUUCCCUUGCUUGGUGACUGUUCCAUCGCCAUCGCGCAUUGAGGGUACGAACCGUGAGCUUUUGGAUCGCACUCUGAAGCGAAAUGCUUCUCUGGUCAAGAAUCAAUUUACCCCCUUGGCGCAGGUUCAGAGAUGGCUUGGUAGCGAUGAGCCGCUUUUUGAUACUUUGUUCGUUUAUCAAAAGUUUACGACUAAAUCUGGGGGCUCUGAUAAAUGGGAAGUUGUCGAUGAAGAAACAAAGAUCGACUACCCCGUUUCGAUCGAACUGCUUCCGCAUGCGAUAGACCUUGAAGUUCGAAUUAGUUGCAGAAGUGAUCUUGUCCCGAAAGGGCAAGCCGUGAUUCUCUUGAAUCAGUACAGCAAGUUGUUGGAACACACGAUAUUUUCGCCAGAUUCCAGUGCGGAUGACUACCUCUCUCUUGGAAAUCAGUUCUUGUCCGUCACGCCCGCCAAGGAGAAUUCUAUUCCGACUACCGUCUCUCUACUUCACCAAUUUGUCGAAGACAGUGCUCGGGAGAUUCCAGAUAAGCUUGCCUUCGAGUUCGCAUUCGGGCCUAAUGCGGAUAGCCUGCAAAAGAAAACUUGGUCUUACAGAGCGUUCAACGAGGAUGGCAAUCGAGUCGCUCAUUUCCUCCAGGACAAGGGAGUCACUCCUGGUGGAAUAAUUGCCAUCUGCUUCGACAAGUGCCCUGAAGCUUCACUUGCAAUCUUGGGUAUUCUGAAGGCUGGUUGUGCAUAUCUAGCCAUCGAUCCUUCUGCUCCGAUAUCGCGUAAGCAGUUCAUUAUGGAAGAUUCAUCGACCACGCUUCUGCUUUGCAAUGAAUCACGCAAGUCGGAGUUGGGCGGCCUCGCGGGCGUCGAUGUCCAAGCACUGGACGAGCCUGGCAAAUAUCAACACUUCUCUCCUGCACAACCAUCUUUGGCUAGGUACAUCCAACCCGAUGAUACAUGCUAUUGCCUGUAUACUUCCGGCACAACAGGCACGCCAAAGGGGUGUGAGAUCACGCAUGACAAUGCGGUGCAAGCCAUGCUCGCAUUCCAAAGACUCUUUUCACCUCAUUGGGAUGAGGACUCUCGAUGGCUUCAAUUUGCGUCAUUCCAUUUUGACGUUAGUGUCCUCGAGCAAUACUGGAGCUGGAGUGUUGGAAUCUGUGUCACUUCAUGUCCGCGUGAUCUGCUUUUCGAGGAUCUCCCGGGAACGAUUCAGAAGCUGGAAAUUACCCACAUUGAUCUCACGCCUAGUUUGGCAAGACUCGUGCACCCUGACGAAGUACCAUCACUUUGUCGAGGUGUUUUCAUCACCGGUGGUGAACAGCUAAAACAAGAGAUCCUCGAUGCGUGGGGAGAGCAUGGGGUUAUCUACAAUGGAUAUGGACCUACUGAGGUGACCAUCGGAUGUACAAUGCUCCCACGGAUGCGUGCCAAUGACAAGCCAUCCAACAUCGGGCCACAAUUCGACAACGUAGGCUCGUACGUUUUCCGGCCGGGCACUUGCACUCCGGUUCUGCGUGGUGGCCUCGGUGAGCUUUGUGUAUCGGGUCCGCUAGUUGGCAAGGGUUACUUGAACCGGGCGGAACUCACUAAGGAGCGAUUCCAGACUCUGCCAGAGAAUGGAGACCGCAUUUAUCGGACGGGUGAUUUGGUGAGGAUCUUGCACGACGGUAGUUUCCAGUUCCUGGGCCGGAUCGAUGAUCAAGUUAAGCUCCGCGGCCAACGACUCGAGAUUGGCGAAAUCAACCAAGUCAUCAAGCAGGCAACUCCUGAGCUGAAUGAAGUCGCUACGCUGGUCAUCAAGCAUCCGAAACAAUCCAAAGAUCAACUGGUGUCUUUCGUCACCAGAGUUGAUGUCGACAAGAAAUCUCAGGAUGUGAAAGUGCGGUCUUCUGACGAGGAUCGAGCGUUGCUGUCGACAAUCAAGGCUGCUUGCCACACACACCUUCCGGGGUAUAUGGUGCCGACACAUAUCAUUCCAAUGACACGUUUCCCUCUGUCUGCCAAUAAUAAGGCUGAGAUGAAGGUCUUGAAGAGCGUCUAUCAGGAUCUUUCCUUGGAGGAUUUGCAGAUAUUGGGUUCCAUGGCUGUUGAACAAACUGUGAAAAGUACACAAGAGAGGGAAAUCAUUUCUCUUUUGUCCAAGUUUAUCGGUGCUGCCGAAUCGGCCAUUUCUUCUUGGUCAAGUAUCUUCGAAUUGGGACUUGACUCAAUCUCCGUCAUAUCAUUUGCCAGAAGCCUGAGGGAGGCAGGUUUCCCUCAAGCCCAGGCAUCACUCAUUAUGAAGCAUCCCACCGUUGCAAGCAUGGCGUCAGCAUUGCAGACGUCUACAUCCUCUUCAAUGCCCCAGAGCAACCUCCACAAAAAUGCGAAGCAAAACAUCGAGGCAUUCGCCCACAAACACUUCCACUCUAUCCUCGAGAGCAUCGGAGCUGUUGACGGUAAUUUUGAGCAGAUCGCGCCAUGUACACCGCUACAGGAGGGUAUCAUAUAUCAUUUUUUGUCGACUCCUGAGCCACUCUACUGCUCGUCCUUCACCUUCGCGCUGGAUGCCUCGACCGACAUUGAGAGGUUGCGAAAUGCGUGGAACAAGGCACAAGACCAGGUCCAAAUGCUCCGAGCUCGAUUCUCGCCUUCUCCAGAUGGCUACGCUCAAGUCAUUCUCAAGCAUGAUGCGCUUCCUUGGUUCGACAUGAAGGCUGCGUCUGAGAAGAAGAUUGAAACCUUGCGGAAGCAGCAGGUCCAAAACUGGACAUCAGAACUUGAGGAACUCUCAACGCGGCUAUGGGAGGUUGGUGUGAUUCAAUCUCCCGAGACAUCCGUGAUGUGUCUCAAUAUUUUCCAUGCUCUCUAUGAUGGAAACAGCUUGGCCCUCCUCCUGGAUUUGGUUGCCAGGAAUUACCUCGACCAGCUCGGUGCCUCAGAAAAUGCGCCGCAGUUCCUUGAUGUGCUGCAUCUGGGUCCUCUUUGCAGAGAUCCAUCAGAGGAAUCUUUUUGGAAAGAGCAUUUGGCAAACUGCCGACCCCGAGCCCUGUCAAGAUCGGAUCAAACUAAUGGUGUUGUUGAGUCGCUGGUCCAGAAGGUCCAGAUUGAUACGACGCAGCCUUUAGACCAUCUGAGGAAGUCUCUCAAUGUCACGGAACAGGCGAUCCUCCAUGCCUGCUGGCUGUUGACCCUCCACCAGCAUUACGCAUUUGUUCCACCAAUCGGUAUGAUCGCAUCUGGACGUACGAUCGACGUGCCAGGAAUUUCCAACGUCAUCGGGCCUUUGUUCAACACCAUUCCCAGUAAUGUGCAGCUUCGUGGUCUGAAGUCAUGGUCUGAAGUCGCUCAGCGGUGCCAUGAAUACCAGGUUUCCACCAUGCCCUUCCAAUACACUGCUCUGCGGGACAUCAUGAAAUGGCUCGGGAAGAGCCCGGAUGAGCGCCUCUUCGACUCACUGUUCGUGUUCCAGAGGGAAACGGCUGAUAUCGAUGCAUCAACCAGCAGCCUAUGGGAGCCGCUGGAUUCAGAGGCGCAACAUGAGUACCCGCUGGCUUUCGAGAUUGUGCGCAAUGGCAAUGAAUCCCUGACUUUGACCCUUGCGGCACAGGGUCACGUUCUGUCCUCAGAAGCGGUGGAGCAGCUGCUGGCCAAUUUCCAGCGGAUUCUUUCCGAGUUUGCUGAGAAUCCUGACCACGAGCUUCCUUAUAUCAACGGUGUCGCAGAGGAUAGCUAUGCGCAUGCAAAUGGUGAAACCGGUGCGCCAAGCAACCUGGAUCACAAGAGAGUUAAUGGCUACUCUUCAUUCCAAUGGACCAGUCAAGCUUCCACCAUUCGAGAUGUCAUUGCGACCCUCGCCGGUGUUGACGUUCAUUCAAUCGAUGAAGAAACAUCGAUCUUCGAAGUUGGCCUUGACAGUAUUGAUGCUAUCAAGCUGUCCUCACGCUUAGCCAAGUUGGGCAUCAAGCUUCCCGUAAGCGCCAUCAUGCGCCAUCGCAAUGUGAAAGCAAUGACUAGCCAGCUUGCAGAGCCAACCCAUAAUGAACAGAAUGGGUCAUACCCGCUGCUGAGUCAAAUGGAGGCAUCUUUGGCAAACUUCCUGGAGAAGGAGGGCCUCAUGCCUAACGGCGCGUGUCGAGUCCUUCCUGCGACGCCGAUACAAGAGGCAAUGGUCGCCGAGAUGUCUGCAUCCGCGUAUCAGCACUACUACAACCAUGAGGUUCUCCAACUCGAGCCUCAUGUGGAUCUCACAGGUAUUCAGGAAGCAUGGAGAGCAGUCGUCAAAGCCCAUCCCAUCCUGCGCACGUCCUUUGUCGAGGUCUGGGAUCCUGAGAUCUCGGCGUCUUAUGCUCAGAUUGUUCACAGCGAGGAUUCGUUUGACUUCAAGUCUAUGCAUCUGAAUGGGAAGUCUGUAGAGUCAAUCAUUGAGUCGCAACGCAAACGAGCCGUCUCAGAACUUUCUGGUCGCCCUCUACUGAGCCUCGCGGUGGCAGUCGAUGAAGAUGCUCGUUACCUCGUUCUUUCAAUUUCCCACGCUCUCUAUGAUGGCUGGUCCAUCAGUCUACUCCAUGAAGAUGUUGCCAGAUCUUAUGCUGGGGAAGACUGUUCUCGCCCAUCCUCAGAUGCAAUUCUGGAGCAAAUCGUUGCGUCAUCUGGUGAUCGCGCUCUGAAAUUCUGGAGGGCAACUCUGUCAAACUGUAAGCCAGUCUCUUUCCCAUUAGGUGAACAUGCAGAGACUGGCUCGCAGGUGGUUCAUCGCGCAGAACGACCACUCUCUGUGUCCUUUGACAAGGCAGAGAGAUUCUGCAAGCGAAAUGGCAUUACAAUGCAAGCACUUCUGGUCAGCUGCUGGUCCAUCGUUCUAGCAACCUAUGUAAAGAACCUGGACGUCAUGUUCGGUCUUGUUCUUUCCGGUCGCAACGUGGCUGAUUCGGAGAAUGUCAUGUUCCCCACGAUGAACACCGUCGCCAUGCGAGUCAUCCUUCACGGGACUCGUCUGGAACUCGUGAAGUAUGUCCAGGAAACUCUACUCGAGAUGUCUGAGCACCAACACUUUCCACUGCGACGAGCGAGGCCGGACACCAGAUCGCGACAAUUGUUUGACACUCUGUUCAUCUAUCAGAAGAGGCCCUCUGAUGUCCAGUCCCCGAGACCUGCGCUGUACCAAUCCACAGGUGGAGCAUCGAGUGUGGAGUAUCCGGUAUGUGCCGAGAUUGAAGGCGAUGGAAAGGACCUAAUCGCGCGGGUGGCUUGUCGUGGAAGCGUCCUGGGAGAUAAGGACACUUCUGUGCUUCUGGGCCACAUGUCUGAGGUGCUUCUGUCACUUGUCGUUGAACCAGCUCGGCAAACGGUCGAAUUUUCUGGCGAUGCCAUGAAGAUCUGUGGUAAUAUCAUUGUCCCUGAAGAGUCGAAUGAUUCUGGCGAGUCCCAGCCGCGCGAAACACAAAAGUCUACUUCACAAGAAUGGUCAAUUGUCGAGUCCAAGAUUCGCAACAUUCUCUCCGUCGUAUCUGGCGUUCCCGAGGACUCUAUUGACAAGGAAUCGAACAUCUUCCAGCUCGGCUUGGACAGCAUCAGUGCCAUCAAGGUUGCUGCACUUUUGAAGAAGCGAUCCGUCAAGCUCGUUGUCAGCGAUAUGCUCAGAGCUGGGACAAUCGAGAAAAUGGCUCUAGCAGUGAACAAGAACCAAGCGAAUAUCACCCAAGAUGAAAUCGACAACGCGCUCCAAGAGUCGCUCAAAGGACUCGACGUCAAGUCGUUGCUUCAGUCGUACGGGAUUGAUCCACGGAAUAUUGACACAGCAAUGCCUGCCACUGCCGGACAGACGUACUUCCUGGCAAUGCACAGCCUGAACCCAGAUGUGUUUUAUCCCAAGUUCUACUACUUGGCGUCGGCGCAAUUCAACUCUGGGGUUCUGAACCGUGCCUGGUCACGUCUCAUAGACGAAACACCCAUGUUGCGAACUGCUUUCCUUGCAACAGGCCACCCAAGGGUACCCUAUGUCCAAACUGUUCUUAAGUCAGUGCGCAACCCUCCUACCUGGCACGAUGACCUCAACUAUGCUAUCAGCAUCAGACGUGACUUUGGGUCUAUCCCCAUUGCCCUUCACGUCUCCCGAACACCUCGAGGUGUAGCAUUCAUGCUGCACCUUCACCACGCAUUGUAUGACGCCGUUAGCCUGCCACUCAUGAUGGACCGACUUUCCCAAUUGUGCACCGAGCCCAAGUCCGAACCGAAACACCGGUCACACAACUUGUCCCACCUCGUGGCAUUCCAGCACAUCCACUCGCCCGUUGAGGUCCGGCGGCAAUUCUGGGAAAAGUAUCUGGGCUCAAUCUCAACACCAGGCGCCAGUGACAAUCAAGUGGGUGUUUUUGGCCCCAUCCAGCAUGACUAUCGGCCCGGUCUGGUUUCAAAUAUGUCUCAACUUGAGUUAGCCGCCAAACGUCAGGGGCUCAGCAUCCAAUCGACCUUCCUGGCCGUCUAUGCUCGCGUGCAUACCGGGAUAUUUGCUGUGGCGGAUAUCGACAAUGAAACGAUCAAGCGACCGCUCGUGGUUGGGUUGUAUCUUGCCAAACGGUCGUAUGGCAUGGAAGGCCUAUCUGAACUGGUUGCCCCGACUGUCAAUAUUGUUCCACUUCGCUUGGACGACAAGCUCAGCCAUGACGAUGACUCACUAUUCGUCGCUGCCCGGAAGAUUCAGGAGGACAUCAACGAAAUCAGCUUGGUGGAACAUGCCGGAGUCUCUCUCCUCGAGAUCGCCGAAUGGACCGGGGUACACAUCAGCACCUGCAUCAAUUUUCUUCGACUGCCGGACCUAGAAGCCUCCAACGGCGAUGCAAGUGAUAAAGUGAUCUUCCACUCCAUCUCAAGCAACGAAGUGGCACCGCCUCGUAUAUCUACCUCGAGUUCCCGCCCACUCGUCUCAGCCCAGACCAACGGUAACACGGCCUUGUCCGAUUCCGUCGGAUCCGCUUCUUCGAUGGUGGCGAUGAAAGAAGUUUUCUGGCCUACGAUCGACGUUGAGGCAGCUAUCCGAGAGGACCGACUGGAUUUUGGUCUCUUUGCGCCUGAGACUCGUCUCGAUCGCCCCACUGCCGAGAAGGUGAUGGAGACGAUGAGGCAUGAAAUGGCAGCGUUAGUUGCAUCUUCAGGAUCUCCAUAGAGUUCCCAGGGAAGCGAGCUGAGCAAGAAAAAAAUACGAAAAAAAAUUGAUUAGAGAAAAAAGAAAUGGAGGAAAGUCACAAGUCGAUUGGAGGUCUGCUCUGCUCUGCCAACCUGGGGUUUGUUUAUUUUGGCGUUCAAUUCUUUUUUUUUACGAAUUCUCUUUACCAUUGUGUUAUACUGGUUGCCCGGAGCAAGAGAAAGAGGCUGUCUCCUUUCCUAUGCAUAUAUUGCUUUUUUUGGUGUGCUUUUGGCGUUUUGGAUGUGUGCGUUUUCACCCGUCGUGUCAUUUUCAAUAUAUCGAAUUGCAUAGAAUCCGAGACGCCGAUGAUCUGAUGCUUGAAGGAACCACGGAAGCUGUGGGACGAGCGGAUCUGCCUUUGUUGAUAAUGUCGCGUCUCCACCGGGUACAUAAACACGAACGCCUGGGGAAUCAGUUAGAUGCCGAGUUCUGAGCUCUGGUCUUCAACCAGAACCAAAAAUGACCAAAAAUGACCAAAAUGGAGACCGUGGACAUGGACGGUCCGCACCGAGUCUGAGCUUGUUACGUCUGCCUGUUGCUUCAACC